AUGGACUCGUACCUGAUCCAAGUGAAUGGCUGCGGAGAUCAUGCCCCUAUGCUGGAUGUUCAUCUCAAGACCAAUGGGAACAGCAUAUCGCUGGGGAAGGUGAAGGGCCGGAAGCCAAGAUGGGCUGUCAGGGCUUCUGAAAUGUCAAAGAAGACUUUCAAUCCUGUCCGAGCCAUCGUAGACAGCAUGAAGGUGGAGCCCAACCCAAAGAAAACUAUGAUCUCUUUGUCCUUAGGAGACCCAACGGUCUUUGGAAACCUUCCCACAAAUGAUGAGGUCACACGGGCUGUGAAGGAGGUUUUGGACUCAGGACGUUACAAUGGUUAUGCUCCAUCUGUUGGCUACCAGUCCUGCCGGGAAGCGGUGGCCGCAUACUACAACUGCCCAGAGGCACCACUGGAGGCCCAGGAUGUCAUCUUAACGAGCGGCUGCAGCCAGGCCAUAGAGCUUGCCUUGGCAGUGCUGGCCAACCCAGGCCAGAAUAUCCUUGUGCCUCGGCCUGGCUUCUCCCUCUACAAGACUCUGGCAUUGUCUAUGGGGAUUGAGGUCAAACUCUACAACCUCUUGCCAGAGAAGGCCUGGGAAAUUGAUUUGGAGCACUUGGAGUCUCUGGUGGAUGAGAAGACAGCUUGCAUCAUUGUGAACAACCCAUCGAACCCCUGUGGCUCUGUGUUCAGCAAGAGCCAUCUCCAGAAGAUCCUGGCAGUGGCAUCAAGACAGUGUGUGCCCAUCCUUGCUGACGAGAUCUAUGGAGACAUGGUGUUUACUGACUGCAAAUAUGAACCCAUUGCAACUCUCAGCACCAACGUGCCAAUCUUGUCCUGUGGUGGCUUGGCAAAGCGGUGGCUAGUCCCUGGCUGGCGGAUGGGCUGGAUCCUAAUUCAUGACAGAAGAGACAUCUUUGGUAAUGAGAUCAGGGAUGGCCUUCUAAGACUGAGUCAGAGGAUCCUAGGACCCUGUACAAUUGUCCAAGGAGCACUGGAACGUAUAUUGCACCAAACGCCUCCUGAGUUCUACCACAACACCCUCAGCAUCCUCAAGUCCAAUGCUGACCUUUGUUAUGCUGCCUUAUCAGCUAUCCCUGGCCUCCAGCCUGUGCGGCCCGCCGGAGCCAUGUACCUCAUGGUUGAGAUUGAGAUGGAGCAUUUCCCUGAGUUUGAAAACGAUGUGGAGUUCACAGAACGACUCAUCUCGGAGCAGUCUGUGUUCUGCUUGCCAGCCACGUGCUUUGAGUACCCAAACUUCUUCCGUGUGGUGAUCACUGUGCCUGAGGAGAUGAUCUUAGAGGCCUGCAGUCGCAUUCAGGAGUUCUGUGAGAUGCACUACCAGGGUACUGAGGGGGCCCAGGAUCUGGAGUGUGACAAGUAG